CCCCUUCUCGUCCCUCCCGCCCCACCAGCCUCCCCCCUCCCGGAUGGGGGAAAAAAAAAAAAGAUGUCAGCUCCUCCGCUAUAGUAUUGCUUCUUAAAAACCCCUCUCUCUGAAGAUGACAUGCCCUCGCCAUGUAACUCCGAACUCGUACGCGGAGCCCUUGGCUGCGCCGGGCGGCGGAGAGCGCUAUAGCCGGAGUGCAGGCAUGUAUAUGCAAUCUGGGAGUGACUUCAACUGCGGGGUGAUGAGGGGCUGCGGGCUCGCGCCCGCGCUCUCCAAAAGAGACGAGGGCGGCAGCCCCAACCUCGCCCUCAACACCUACCCGUCCUACCUCUCCCAGCUGGACUCCUGGGGCGACCCUAAGGCCGCCUACCGCCUGGAACAACCUGUUGGCAGGCCUCUGUCCUCCUGCUCCUACCCACCUAGUGUCAAGGAGGAGAACGUCUGUUGCAUGUUCAGCGCAGAGACGCGGGCGAAAAGUGGCCCCGAAGCAGCUCUCUAUUCCCGCCCCCUGCAGGAACCUUGCCUCUCCGAGCACGAGGUGCCAGUGCCCAGCUAUUACCGCGCCAGCCCCAGCUUCUCCGCGCUGGACAAGCCGCCCCUCUGUGCCGGGGCCACCGACUUCGAGGCCCCGUUUGAGCAGCGGGCCGGGCUCAACCCGCGCGCCGAACAGCUGGAGUCGCCCCAGCUUGGGGGAAAAGUGAGUUUCCCUGAGACCCCCAAGUCCGACAGCCAGACCCCCAGUCCCAGUGAGAUCAAAACCGAGCAAAGCCUAGUGGGCCCCAAAGGCAGCCCCUUGGAGAGCGAGAAGGAGCGGGCCAAACCCGCCGACUCCAGCCCAGACACUUCGGACAACGAAGCGAAAGAGGAGAUAAAGGCAGAAAACACCACAGGAAAUUGGCUGACAGCAAAGAGCGGAAGGAAGAAGAGGUGCCCCUAUACUAAACACCAGACGCUGGAAUUGGAGAAAGAAUUUCUGUUCAAUAUGUAUUUGACGCGAGAGCGCCGCCUGGAGAUUAGCAAGACCAUUAACCUUACAGACAGACAAGUCAAAAUCUGGUUUCAAAAUCGCAGAAUGAAACUCAAGAAAAUGAACCGAGAGAAUCGGAUCCGGGAACUGACCUCCAAUUUUAAUUUCACCUGAGGGGCGACCUUCCCUCCGCCUCCCCGCCCUCCCCCUUUCCUUUCCCCGCCCCAACUCCCUUUGUGCCUGGUGGUAUAUUUUUUUCCCUCCCUGAGUAUAAAUGCAAGGCGCCUACAAAAAAAAAGGCAAAGACCUCAGACUCUCCUUCCGAGGGACCUAUGGUUCGUGCUGCGAAGACCCAACCACCUAAAGCAUGAGAAACGGGGGUGCUGGGAUGCAGGGCCCUGGCGUGCCCACAUGGAGAGGGUGGGGGUGUGGCUGGUGCUGGGUGCGUGUCAGCCCCUCACUCACCCCCACUCACACACAGCAUCAUGUUCUCCAUGCAAAGUUAAGGUCGAAUCCACCGAUAGUGGGGGGGGGGAGGGGAGAAAAACCCACCGGAGAAGGUCUGUAACCUCGCAGAGCACAGUCAGAAUCGCUCCUACCCGGCUGCGUUUCCUCCUUAGCAUAAUAGAUGUUUUUGGAAAGUUCAGCUAGUGUUUGUGUGUCUGUUGAAGCGCCCAGCGUCUCCACCAAACCCUGUCGAUGUCUUUACCUCCCAGUUGCUCUGAAAAUCUGCUUGAAGUCUCGUAUUUGUACAGCUUUCUGCUCUACGCCCAUCCUCCCAGCACCCCCAUGCCCCCCAUAAGCUGACAUCUUAGAAAUUCUAUCCAGAGGAACAAAAAAAAAUUAAAUAUUAAAACUAGAACAUAGGAAAGCCAAGACAGAACCUCCCUCCUCACCUUGCCCCUGUGUGGGAGUUGUGUUAUUUAAAGAUAUUCUGUAUGCUGUAUCUUUUGCAUGUAGCUUCCUUAAUGGAGAAAAAAAUUCAAAUAAAUUUCCAGAAUCGUAAUCCUC